AUGAGUGAUCACGAAGUGGUCGACGAGAAACCGGAGGUCGAGUCGACGCCGAAGACGACAGAGACGGCCACCGAAGCCCCGGAGGACACGACGGCCGCCACUCCUAAGCCUGAGGGCAAUGAUGGCGGCGAAGAGUCGGGCGAUGAUAUGCCGCCACUCGAAGACAUCAAAUACGAUGACGAGACGGACGACGCCGUGAAGAAGAAGCGAAUUGUGAUACCGGAAGACAAGCCGAAGCCUAAGCCGGCCGAAGACGGUUGGCUCGACGUACUCGACAACGGAGAGCUCCGCAAGUUUGUGCUGACGCCCGGCGCCGUCGGUCAGCCCCGGCCCGAGAGGGGCUGUAUUGUGGCCAUCAAACUGGUGGUGAAACUCGAAGAGACACAAGCGGUGGUGGAGUCCGAGUCUCACGAGUUGACUGAUAUGAUUGUCGGCGAUUCGGAUCUAUUCCAGGGCUUAGACCUUAUCAUACCGUUGAUGGACCAGAAAGAGGUGGCCCGAGUGGUGGUCAGCUCUCGGUUCGCGUACGGGAAGACAGGCAUUCCCGGUGCGAUACCGCCCGACGCCUCACUCGACUGCGAACUCCAUCUGCUGUCCGUCCAGUGGUUAGACGAAGAGUUUGUUUUGCCUAUUGUUGACCGCAUUCGUAUCGGUAACCGUAAGAAAGAGAGGGGAAACUUCUGGUUCGGUCGUCAAGAGUACUCCACUUGCAUCCAGUGCUACAAAAGCGCCAUCAAGUUAUUGGACGCCACCGACGAAGAGUUGGAAUCGCUGGACACCAACGAACUGAAAGAGCAUUUCGAUCAACAAAUGAAGGGCGAGAAGAAGUCGCCCGAAGACGAGGAGCGCGUGAAAGAGUUGGUCGACAUUCGUGGCGUCACUUACAAUAACUUAGCGAUGGCUCAGAUGAAAAUCGACGACUUUAGCGGUGCCUUAACAUCGGUUGAGGCCGUUCUGGUGACUCAGCCCAACAACGUUAAGGCUCUCUUCCGAAAGGGCCGUAUUUUGGCCGAAAAGGGCGAACUCGAAGACGCCAUCAAAGUGCUGAAGACCGGUCUGACGCUCGAACCGGACAAUAAGGCCAUCGCCCAGGAGUUGAACAAAUACAGCGCCAAACGUAAGAAAGAGUUGGUCACAGAACGGGAUCUCUACAAACGUAUGCUUCAGACGGACAAGUCUUCGCCGCCGACCACUCCGUCGAAAGGGUUGUGGGGCCGCAGUUCGGUCACCGGUUUGGGUGUUGAGUGCAAUUGUUAG